AUGAGAGCUUGGUCUUUCCCCUGUGCCCUCCUGGCAGUUCACAUUGGCUUCAGCUCGGCCGCCUUGGUGGAUGUGGUCUAUAACACCAAUAAUGCCUUCGCCGCGAAGUUGCAAGACGGCACCGUGGCGACUUGGGGUGAUAGUGCCAGAGGCGGAGAUUCCAGCAGCGUGAGCGACCAGUUGACCAAUGUGGAGGUGAUUGUCGGCAAUUUGGAAGCCUUCGCCGCAAAAAAGCAGGACGGCACGGUGGUGGCCUGGGGAGAUAGCAGGAAGGGUGGAGACUCCAGCAGUGUGAGUGGUCAGUUGACGAACGUGGAGGUGAUCUACGCCGCCAGAAAUGCCUUCGCCGCGAAGAAGACGGACGGCACUGUGGUUACUUGGGGUCUUAGUGGCUAUGGUGGAGACUCCAGUAGCGUGAGUGCCCAGUUGACGAAUGUGGAGGUGGUCUACGCCACGAGUGGAGCCUUCGCCGCGAAGAGGACGGACGGCUCCGUGGUUACUUGGGGUCUUCAUGCCUUAGGUGGAGACUCCAGCAGCGUGAGUGCCCAGUUGACGAAUGUGGAGGUGGUCUUUGUCAACAGCGGAGCCUUCGCCGCGAAGAAGGCGGACGGCACGGUGGUUACUUGGGGUGAUGCGCAGGGUGGUGGAUGGUACUCCGCCAGCGUGAGUGCCCAGUUGACGGAUGUGGAGGUGAUCUAUGGCAACAGUGAAGCCUUCGCCGCGAAGAAGGCGGACGGCACAGUGGUUACUUGGGGUGCUGCAGCGAUGGGCGGAGACUCCAGUGGGGUGAGCGGCCAAUUGACGAAUGUGGAGGUUAUCUACGCCACAAGUGAGGCCUUCGCCGCGAAGAAGGCGGAUGGCACGGUGGUUACUUGGGGUGAUAGUUGUUGCGGUGGAGACUCCAGCAGUGUGAGUGGUCAGUUGACGAACGUGGUGGAUAUCUAUGCCAACGAGCGCGCCUUCGCCGCGAAGAAGGCGGACGGCACCGUGGUGACCUGGGGGAGUGCUCCAUAUGGUGGAGACUCCACCAGCGUGAGUGCCCAGUUGACCAACGUGGAAGUGAUCUACACCGCCACAUAUCCCUUCGAAGCAACUGGAGCGGCGUUCGCUGCCAAAAAGCUGGACGGCACCGUGGUGACAUGGGGGAGUGCUAGUGCGGGCGGAGACUCCAGCGGGGUGAGUGACCAGUUGACCAACGUGGAGGUAAUUGUCGGCAAUGGCGGCUUCGGUGGCGGAGCCUUCGUUGCGAAGAAGCAAGACGGCAGUGUGGUGGCAUGGGGUGCGGCCCAUUAUGGCGGAGAUACCGGCACCUUGUUCGAGGUCCCAACGACCACUACGACCACUACGACCACAACGACCACUACGACCUCGAUUUACUCGACAUCGGAUGUUUCGUUGACGACCGCGACCACAACAACCUCGACCACCGAUGCGUUGUUGUCGACGACCACAGCUUCCACGACGGCCGGUGCGGUACUUGCGGCCCUUUCCAAUGAGCUGCAGGGCGAUAUGGCAGCCUUGGUGGGUCAGCUGAUGGCAUCCGGGAGCCUGACAGCAAACGCGACUUCGGAUCUGGGAACGGCAGCAGCUUUCCAGUUAGUCGGUUCGGGAACAAGCGAAAGCUACACCGCCUUCACCGUGGAGGGCACCCCGGUUGCGACUGUGCUACCCCAAGAGGCAUUCCGAGAGAUGGGCCCCAACAAGGCGCUGGUCCUCACGACCUUGGACGGGCCCGGGAUCGAGGACGUGGACGCGCGCUACUUCUCGGCGGGCUGGAGGGCGCAAACGGAGAGCGGGCGGCCGCUGGAGGCUGCUGCGCCGGUCGUGGAUGUUUCCAUCGUGGACACCGGAACCCUGAUGACCCAAGACGUCGCCGUCGAGGGGGCACUGAUCUAUGUAAGGGUGACAGAGCAAGAGCCACAGGCAAAUUUCAUGUGCGCCUACAUGGCCGGUCCUGACUUCACUGUUUGGUCCACUCAGGGUGUUCGGCUGGCAACGGAAGCAGAGCUGGCUGACUUGGCCUUGCAGAUUGGUUCUUCGAAGCUCUCCGGCACGUGGUGCGCCACGGAGCAUCUUUCCAUCUUCGGGGUUUUCCUGGACAUUUUGUUGGAUUGCACGAAUGCCAACAUGCUGUCCGCGGAGGGGCUGAGUGAGAUCGUCGAACGGGAGGGCUGGUUUUGGCGGCCACCGGCUUUGAUGAUGUGGCUGCUGUUGCUGGGCGCGCUGCUGCUCCUCGUCUUCGGUUGCCUCCAAGAUGCACGGGUGCACAGCUCCGGGUUGUGGCGCGACGAGUUCUUCCUCGCGGACAUGCCCCCAAAGAAAGGAGGCCUCGGAAGCCUCUGUGGGCUGUGUAAACAAGGCUCCGAAAGCCAACAUUCUCAAGACCCUGCCGAAGAACCGAAGAAACAAGGGAUUUCAUCGCAGAGAAGCUGGAGAGCUCAUCUCGAGAAGACCUCAAGCUUUCUUUCAUCAUGGAAGCGCGCUGCCAGCCUUUCCUCCUUACCCGAGGCUCGUCGUCAGCUCCUCCGUGCCCCAACCUUGGCUUUGCGGCUUCGCGAGCGACUCCUUUGCCAGAACACACUCUGGGAAGCGGCCCGAAGGUGUGGCCUGCACUGCAGCUCCAUCGAGAUGCACGUCUGGGGUCAGAAAGGCUGGGUCCAGGGGAGCGUGGCUGCACAGAAGUCGCCACAGCUGAAAGAGCUGGUCAUGGCGCUGGAUGAGGUGCUGCCCCAAGCUUUCCUGACUAUCCACGCUUCUCGUUGGCGCCUGAUCGGGACGGCUCUCCGAACGAUGCACCCAGUCUACGAGCUCUCUUUGUGCGACCUUCACAUGACUUCGACGAAACGAGCCAAGAUCGUUGUGGACUGCAUCCUCGGCUCGCUGUCGUUUGUGGCAUUAUUCUUCUCGGUGGACGGCACAGCUGUGGCCGCCAGGAGUCCAUCGGAAUGUCCCUUGCAACAGGGAACAGUGGUGUGGUACCUGUUCGUAGCUUUCUUCUCCGUGCUGCUGAGCUUUGUUCCCCGCAGUCUAGAGCUUUAUUUUGCUCGCCGCAGCUUCGUGCCAGAGAGCCACGAUCAGGCUCAGCAACUUCGGACAAGACGCCUCAGGGACGCAGGAUUCUGGGUCUUCAGCACGUGCCUUGCGCUCCUCUACCUCCUUGUUAUCAUUGCUUUCCUGGCGAACCUGUCCGAGGCAGACGAGUGGAAGUGGAUGUUUACCUUCUGGGUUGUGCUCCUGCGCAAGCUCUUUAUCGUGCCUGUCUUGGCAUGCCUCGUCUCGGGGCUUGGGAGCAUGGCCGUCGGCACGGCCCCUCGGCCACCCAAGAAGUUCGGCUUGGACUUCUCCUCUCUUGGCGAAGGCGAAGGAGGCGAAGGAGAAGGAGGCCAGAAGAGCGAAGGGCAAGGUGGCGCUUGGUCAGAGAAGGUGCAGGAGCUGGCGGGCAGGGGCCUCACCAUCCGCCAGCUGCUCGAGUUCUAUGCCAUGCUGGGCCGCGAGGUCAUGGAGCACUUCAGCCCAGAAGAGUCGACCACACACGAUGUCGUGCGCCAGGCCAUCAUCCCGCUUUCCCUGCACAUGAAACGGCGCCGCUUCGAGGUGGCCGUCUGUGAGACCGCGGCCUGCAAGAAGGCCCUCGAUGCGCUUCGAAGCACUUCGGCCACUUCGGCCCCUGCCCUGGAGAUCUGCGUGGCAAGGAAGGGCCUUGUCGGUGACAGGGCAGUGAGCUACGCGGUGAUCUGGGACGAGGCCAUCCUGGUGGAGGACCUCUGCCUCGACGACGGCCUGCUCUUCCGUGUCUCCGGUGAGAAGGAGCUCUCCCUAACCGUAGCGGCCACGGAGUUCUGGCAAGGCUUCAAGGGAUCCUUCCGGCUGGACGGCUUGGAGCUGCACGUUACCAUCUUGGUCAAAUCCGACCUGGAUGAGGUCCGAUCCGAGCCGGAGGAGGGUGGCAACCAGGCGUCCGAGACAGAGGAGGUGACGGCGCAGGCACCGGAGGUGAUGCCAAGUUCAUCGAAUGCUCCGCUUCCAGAAUGUUUGAUCUGCGGCUUCGCUGGCACGGACGAAGAGGUGAACGUUAAGAUCCUUGCCGGGGGAGACCUGGUGGACUCUUCGCAUUUCAGCAAAGGACGUGGGGGCGAGGAAGGAGCGUACGGGCAUGCCUAUGCAGCCACUGUGAACAGUGAACCGUGCAUGCCGCUGAAGAUGGUAACGCAUAGCUGGCGCAAUAAGUUUUCCUUCAUCCUUGCGGCCAUCCUCGCUGAUGCCUUGAACAGUGAGAAGUAUGAUCAGAUCGCUCAGCUCCUCGCAGAACGCCAGCUGGGAAAGAUUGUCCGUGCCUUGCAGAAGGCAGGGAAGCUUGACACCGCCUAUUGGAUAUGUGCGUUUUCGGUAAACCAGCACACCGGGAUUUGCGCCACACCGCCAGCAACAGACUCCACGGGCCACGCAAUCACUCCUUGCUGCUGCGCAACACCGAAGCACUUCGAUGGAGACCUAAGCGAGAUGAACAAGUUUGACGAUAUGAUGGCCUACCUCAAGACGUACUUGCGGGGACACGGCCAGGCUCGCCUGGAACAGGUGGUGGCCUUGGAGCAGGACUUCACCUUGCUCACCAGGGUGUGGUGUGUCGCGGAGCUUGUCGAAGCGCACGAGCUCCACUUGCAGCAAGCUUUGAAGAUACAUUCGUCAGCCUCCAGGGAUCAGUGCCUGGAUCGCCUCGUCAGCUUGGAUGUUCGAAAAGCCGAAGCCUCGUUUCCUGCGGACAAGGAGCUAGUGUUGGGGAAGAUCACAGACGUGGAUGGAUUCAAUAAAGACCUUCAACAGCUCAUGCUGCAUCGCCUGGAAGGCUUCUUGCAUGCAGAGCAGGUGAAGACUUUCGCGACCUUGCUUGACGAAGUGGUUCUGGCAGUUAUCAGCGUGGCCAUCUGA